AUGUCUUGCGGCAGAAUAAACGCGCUGGCGAUCACCACCCGACAGGGCCAGGUGGUGUAUGAGCGCUUCUACGACCAGUUCAGCGAGGGCGAAAAGGCAGAGAUCCGGGGGGCUUUCGACGGCGUGGCUGGCCCCAGCUCGGCGGCGGCGGCGGCCCGGUCAACAGCAGAUGACGUGGAGCUGGUGGGCCGCUUCCGGAACGGCCGCAUAGUGUGCAUCCCUUCGGGGGAGCUGCUGCUCUUCGCGCUGGGCACCGGAGAAUACAACGAGCUGGCCUUGGCCGAGGUGCUGCGCACCAUCAUCGCCGUGUACCGAGAGGUGUUCAAGGCGGCCGCACUCACAGACGCGCUGCUCUUCUCCAACUAUGCGCUGGCGGCGCUGGUGGUGGACGAGGUGUGCAGAGAGGGCCUGGUGGAGCUGACAGACCGGCUGAGCAUACAGAAGGCCAUCGCCAUGCGGCUGCCGUACGAGCCGCCGGCGGAGAAGAGCGGCAAGAGCACGUUCUCGCGGCUGCGCAGCAGCAAGGCGGCGCCGGCCAGCGGAUGA